GGCCGCAGUUUCGUUUUUCAUUCCCCUUUUCCCGCAGUCCCGCUGGCUGCCCGACCGGCUGCUCGAAGGAUGUUCCGAAUUGGAUUAAAAUUUCCGUGCAACGGUCUGAAUCGGGUAAAAAAACACGGCUCCAGACUACAUCUGACUGCCAGGUACUACGAGUCGCGGGCGCGCAUCAAGUACGAGCCAGAUGGAAGGCUAUGCAGGGAUGUCAGACUUAUCUCCAGGUUUACUGGACUUAAGUAUUCGACCGCACCGUCAAAAAGCGAGAAAAGUCGGGGAUCGGGGGCGCUGUUAACUCUAGGAGCUGUAACGAUAGGUACCUUAGGAAUACUAACGUAUGCGAAACGAGAUCCAGAGUUUCGAGCUACUCUCGAAGGAUGGAUUCCUGGCACAGACAAAGCUAUCCGAAUUAUCUUUCAAGAAGACUCCAGCUACUUUGACUUUGUGCUUACGUUCGUCGAAACGUUGAAGCAGACGAUAUUAGGCCUGUUCAUCAAGGAGGCAUCAAUACCAGAACCAGCGCCCAAGCCAGCUUUUAAACCAUUGGUCGAGCAGAAAGAAGCGCCUAUUAACAAGAGUCAUACCGAAAUUCGUGUUAGUAAAGACAAGGGUGAAAAAGUAGAUGUUGUUGAAAAGCCAAAGUCGCCACCUAAAACUAUACGCGAUGAAUUGAUGCCGCAAAAUCUUGUCGAGUUAGAAACAUACUGUGGCGAAGCUGCCGCUAAAGCUAUUGCGGCCUACCACAAGGCAGUGUGCGCGCUUCAGGAAUACAAUCAGGAUGUUGUCAAAGUAGUUGAAAGUGCUGGCACUACGAUAAGCGGAGUCGUUUGGCAAAGGUUAAAGGAUGCGACGGAAAAGAGAAAACAGACCAUACAACAGGCGGAGGAGCACGCAAAAGAUGCGUUAGAUUCUCUUAAACGCAUGUACAAUCUAAUUGAUGAACCUGUGCUUGAAGCGGCCGCUCACAUUAAAACGGCCGCAAGGCGGAAUAUUAGAAAAAUUAUGGACGACGUGGAUGAAGCCAAGAAAAAAUAUACCGAGGAGCUACAGAGUGGUAGCGUUGCGGAGCGUUACUGGAAGCAGGUUCAGACAGCGCGAGAGAACUUUAACGAAGAAUUGCAAAUACUGUUUCCCAAUAUAAAUAUUCAUGAUAAGAAGUUGUCUGUGAGCGAAGAAGCCUUCGAUUUAUUCGUUCUGCAUAUGUAUCACAAAGUCAACAAUUUGCAAAAGGAGCUGGAGAAAUUAAGAACAGUUAACGAAGCUAAAGUGAAAGCGGCAUUGAGAACGACGGGUGAAGAUGCAACUCAAGAAAAGUUGGACGCGCUAAUAAGCCUCGCGGUUAACCAAGAAAGGCUUGAGCUUGAAGAUAACCACGCGAAAAAGCUGCUGACGGAGCAGAAGAAGCUCGACGACGAGAUGCGGCGGCAGCUGAAAUUGCAGUCGGAGAUACACGCCGAUCAUCUUCGAGAGGCACUUUCGGUCAAAGAGCAGGAAACGCAGAGGAUGCUGCAACGCGCGCUUAGCGAACAAGCCGACACCAGCGCCAUAAAGUACAAGACACAGCUUGCAGAGGUAGUUGGAAGGUCACGUGCUGUUACAGCGGCUCUCAAAGCUCGUAUGGAGGAGGAGAAGGGUGCGUCGAAUGUACAGAUCCUUUGGGCAGCCUGUCAAGCCUUGGCUAGAACAGUGAAAGCCGCGCCGCCGGGUGCACUAAAGGAUAAAGCAAUUAAACCGCUGGAACCCGAAAUUAAGGCCGUCUCCAAGGCAGCACCGAAAGAGGAUCCCCUAGUGCGCGCCGCUAUCCAGAGCAUUCCCGAGGAAGCGGCCAAGAGAGGCGUGUUCCCGGAGGAUACCCUCCGCGAGAGGUUCCUCAAGGUAGAGAGCGUGGCGAGAAGAUUAGCUAUGGUGCCUGAAGGCGGCGCAGCCCUGCCUAUAUAUCUUCUUAGUUAUCUUCAAAGUUUCUUGAUCAUCAAAACGGCCAAUUCAAUUCCGAAAAGGGAGCUUGAAGACGAGCCAAUCGACGUAGACUCGCUGAAUACGUACGACAUACUCCAGCGUGCCAGAUAUUGGUGCGAUCGCGGCGAUUUCAAAAUGACCCUGAGGUACAUGAAUCUACUCAAAGGUGCGCCCAGAAGCAUCGCCAGCGACUGGAUGAACGAGGCUAGGAUCCUGCUGGAGACGCAGCAGGCGAUCGACACCCUGUUGGCGUACGCAGGUGCGACCGGCCUCCUGUAUCUCGGCGCCGGUGAUGCCGCCAAGUAAUUGGAGGUGGAUCCGUGACCGUCCCUUCACUUUCCUUUCGGUGUUGUCCGAAUUGUUCCAGCAGAAGUAAAGCGGGGGCAGAACGUAGGAAACUGUCCCGAACUACGAGACGGGGGCGUCCAUAAAAGAACGGGGCGGGGGUGACGGAGGGGAACAGGGAGAGACGGAGUUAACCGACGGCAAUGAAGAAAACGAAGGAAUGAAGAACACAGAGAUCGCUGCCAGCCUUGUAUAGUCAACAAUAUCUUUUCUAGCAAUUAAAAAAUAGAAAUACCGUGUGCCGGGAGAGGCGAAUACACAGAGAGACGCUUUCCUUUUCCAUCCUCACGAUCGUUGCACGUAAAAUGCAUUUCUGCGCGCGUUAAUAUACCGCCUUCUAGACUCAAUUUAAAUUUUUCCGUGGGUUAUCAAGUAGACACGAAGGGAAUUUUAAAUAUCUCGGAUAGAUCUUACCGCACGGAACAGUGAUAUGAAGUUGCGAAAUAUUUUAUUCAAUAAUAUUUUAUUCAAAUAAAUAUUUUAUCCGAUAAAUUCGCUUUUCUCAUCACGCCGAGUUUUCUAUCCAGGAAAGAGUCCAAGAUUUAACAUUCCGCCGGAGCAACGGGAGUCGGUGUAUGUUAAACAUUUAUUUUUACUCGCCGCUAUUUCGCUCAACGACUCAAGUAACGAAUCGAGACGGAGUAGAAGGUUACCGGACGCUGUGUAAAUACCGGAGGCAAUUUUGUUUUAAGGACGGCGGUAUAAAAAGGCGUUUAAGUGCGUCCUACGUUUAUCGCAGCGCGUACACACGGAUAUUUAAAUUAUUAUUUGUGAUCGACACGUGCGACACGUAGUCAGGCACGUCUUGCACGCGUGUCGCACGCAUCGGGAUCGCCCGUUUUGUCGUGCUUGCAUUUUCGACGAUCACCCGCGCGUGUAUUUGGCGAGCUCUCCUCGUCCUGAUCCAUCCAUCCAUCCAUCCUGAGUUGAGUACCUUUUACUUUAUAACCGGAUAUUACUCUCUCCUGCGCGCCGUACUCGUCGCUCGUAUCGCAUCGAUCGCCGCGCGUGUCGCGUGUCGUUACCUCGUCUUUCGCCUCUCACUCGAAACCUCUUCGCGAUUUCAGACGGGACGGGGAAGCGUGCUAGAUAUCAUUGUAAAAAUUGGAAAUAAAGUUGUUUUUCGUGAUGUAA